AUGCCCUCUACACUCAACGCGUACAUGCUCUCUGCAGUGACCCUGGCGGCUCUGCUCCUGUGCGCCCCCGGAGCUCCAGUGGAGGACGCGCCCACCGACAGCCCGACAGGUGACCCGUCAGGUGAAGAGGAGUUGGCGGCUCCUGACCUCCUGAGCGCCUCCCCGGUCUGGGACUCCAUCCUUGGCGCAACUAAACGCCACGAAAAGCAGUUUGAAGAUGAAUUCCAAAAUGAGGUGAAAUAUCAUUUUCUGGAGCACUACAAAAUCUCCUCACUUCCAGCAGGCUGCCCUUCCUCCAACUUCAGCAAGGAGUCUUGUCUCCACCGGUUGGUCCAAGGUGUGCUUAAAUACACAGUUCUCCUCAAGCACGUGGAGAAGGAGUACCCCGGCAGCUUGAUCUGCUCAGAGGUCAGAUACUACGGCGGCCUCCUGGUCAGCCUAACCAAAGGAAAGAUGAGGAACCCUGAUCAGGUCACGGCGCUGACCAGCAGCCAGGAGACACAGCUCCUGAAGGACCUCGACAACCCCAGCACCUUCCACAGAAAGAUGACCGCGCACAGCAUCCUGCGCGAGCUCCACGUCUUCCUCCUCGACAGCAAGAGGCAAAUUAAUAAAAGGGAGAGGCUCAGAGGAAGUCUGGCUGUCAGGACUAUGGCACCCAUCGGUAUCUAA